CUUAUCAGUUGGCAUCCUGCUACAACCAGCAUAACCCCUAUCUGUUUUGCUGUCAUUGCGUUAUUUCUGUACUGUUCCCAGUCGUAUCCUACCUCCCCGCUUGGCUCCAGGAAUGUUUAUCGAGUUGAUGCAAUAGAAUCCAGCUGUCUUGUCGGUGCGUUCUGUUAAGGGCAUCAUAAUGUUAAUGUUAUUGAAUCAAUGCGGAAAGUUGCUUCGGCCCAAUUCAAGCCACAGCAAUUUAAUUCACCAAUAUGGGUGCCACUUACCACGUUCUUUCCAUGGGCUAUUUAGUAUUGUUCUGUCUCUGCUGUCAUCUUUAGAAGUCUCAGCCUACGGGGGUCUUUGAUAGCAUAACAGAGCCACAAUAUCCUACAGCAUUUCUAUCAUUUCAGCCCCAUGCACUUCCCCUGCGACAUCCACCCGCCAUCCUGGUUUAUGUUUCUCCUUCCAUUUGGAUAUCUUUAUCAAAAUAUUUCGCCAACCUUUCAUUAGCCAGAAUUGACUGUGAAAGCAACAUCCUGCAAGCAGAAUCAAUACUCAGCAGUACCAUCGCGUCGCUCCACCACCCACAGCUACGUCCUGGAUUCACAGCCAAAGACCCCUCAGUGAGGCACUAGCCUUCGAAGAGACUGAUAAUCUCACAAAUCUGUUUGCUCAAAUUCAGAAAAUGACCGUUCCCUUGUCGCCAUUUCCUUCACGAGCUCCAUUUGAAGUCCAUCCCAAAGGCCACUGGCCCAUGCACGCUCAGAGACAAAGUAUCAAGAAAUUCCAACUUUGAUGAUACCAUUGGCUCUUCUCACUGCUUCAUCACUUGAUUCAAGCCAUAAUUUACAAUGAAAGAUUUGGAAAACCGCUUCAAAGAUUGUAUGCCUUCACACGCUGGAAGUAUGACGCGAAGUGACGCCUACGAUGACACCGUCGCUGCCAUCGUCAGGCUUGCCCCUGAGGCAUGGCUGUCUGAAGGUCAAGCUGCAGUCUAUAAGGACCAACUGAGCAGUGUGAAAGGCGCCAAAAAUCCGCAAGAGAAGCUCGUCCAUGCAUUUGAACCUGCAAUAAAGGCUCAAUUUCUGUACGCCAAGAUCCUACGCAGUUGCCAUUCGCUAGAUCCCGGCAUACAUGCCUUCAGGGUAUUUAAGACGUGGAAUCUGGCGACGAUACUCUUCUAUCAGCCUGCCACACAACUGGAAAUCGAGAUGUCAAACAAAGGUUACAACCCCGGCUACACCAAGGUCUGUGAGUGGAUCGAUGUCGUUGCUGAGGAUCCAGAGGCUAUGUUAAUUUAUAUCCAAAUGCACUGUGAUCAACUUGAUAAUUACGAUCAGGGAAGCGGAACUGAAAUGAAGAACCAUAUCAUUGAAGCUAUUCCUGGCCUGUCUUUACCAGAAUCGGGUUGCAGCUCUCGAGAUAGACCCAAGGAUAGGAGAAGCUAA